CCAGCCAUUGGAUCUACGCAAACAACCCAAAUAAAUAUCGCCUCUUCAAAAACCCUAACCCUAAAUCGUGCAACCUUUCUCUUUCUCCGAGACGAAGAAGAUACAGUGACAAUCAGCCAUGGGUAAGGUGCACGGAUCGCUGGCACGUGCCGGAAAGGUGAGAGGUCAGACACCGAAGGUGGCCAAGCAAGACAAGAAGAAGAAGCCACGUGGACGUGCCCACAAGCGCAUGCAGUACAAUCGCCGUUUUGUCACUGCUGUUGUUGGCUUCGGAAAGAAGCGUGGACCCAACUCUUCAGAGAAGUAAACUCAAAGUUACUGUGCAGUUUUGGAUUAGCCUUAUGGAGUUUCAUGCGAAAGAGAAAAACACUUCUAUUUUAUUCAACUUCUUUAGCCCUACUACUUCUUAGUUAUCCUUCUUUAUGAACUGAAAUUUGUUUUUUUGAAACAAUUUUGUUUGGUUUAGGAUGGAAAUUUGAUAUCAGUUCAUGUGGAUAUCAAGCAUUGUAUUCUGUUGUUUAAACUAAUUUCAGCAUGAAUCAAAUUCAUU